AUGCCAAUUAUAGGUUAUGGAACCUGGAAAAUACCCCACAAUGUGUGCGCGGACAGAGUCUAUCAGGCAGUGAAAUCCGGUUACCGCUUAUUUGAUUGUGCUCAAGAUUAUGCCAACGAAAAAGAAGUUGGAGAUGGUUUGAAACGAGCCAUGGAUGAUGGGUUGGUGAAACGAGAAGAAUUGUUUGUUAUUUCCAAACUUUGGAACUCUUAUCAUCACCCUGAUAACGUUGAAAAAGCACUUGAUGUCACAAUGAAGGACUUGAAGCUUGACUACAUUGAUUUAUUUUUGAUCCAUUUUCCAAUUGCUUUCAAAUUUGUUCCAUUUGAGGAAAAGUAUCCUGCCGGGACCUACUGUGGAGAUGGUGAUAAGAUCAUUUUAGAGAAUGUGCCCAUCAUUGAUACUUGGAGAGUGAUGGAAACGUUGGUUGAAAAGGGUAAAUUGAAGUCCAUUGGGGUAUCCAAUUUUAAUGGUGCAGUCUUGAUGGAUUUGCUUAGUAGUGCCAAAAUUCGUCCGGCAGUUUUGCAGAUCGAACAUCAUCCAUAUUUGCAGCAACCACAAUUGAUAAAAUGGGUUCAAAACAAUGGUAUUAAGGUGAUUGCAUAUUCAUCUUUUGGUCCUCAAUCAUUUCUUGAAUUGAAAAAUCCUAGAGCACUUGAGUGUAAACCUUUGUUUGAACAAGAAGACAUAGUUAGAAUCGCAGCAGCCCAUAAUGUUUCACCAGCAAAAGUGCUUUUGAGAUGGUCUACUCAAAACGAAAUAGCUGUCAUUCCAAAAGGUGAUACUCCUGAGCAAUUGGCACAGAAUUUGCAAGUCAACGAUUUUGACCUUGGUGCUGAAGAUUUGGCUGCAAUUGAAAAAUUGGACAGAAACAUUCGUUUCAACGAUGCGUGGGAAUUUGCUGGUCUUCCUACAUUCUACUGA